CGCGCGGCGGGAGAAAGAUGGCGGCGGCGGCGGCGGCUGGCGCGGCCUCGGGGCUGCCGGGGCCGGUGGCCCAAGGGCUGAAAGAGGCGCUGGUGGAUACGCUCACCGGGAUCCUGUCUCCGGUGCAGGAAGUGAGGGCGGCCGCCGAGGAGCAGAUCAAAGUGCUGGAGGUGACAGAGGAAUUUGGCGUGCACCUGGCAGAACUGACCGUAGACCCCCAGGGGGCGCUGGCCAUCCGCCAGCUGGCAUCUGUCAUCCUGAAGCAGUACGUGGAGACACACUGGUGUGCCCAGUCGGAGAAGUUCAGGCCUCCCGAGACUACAGAACGGGCAAAAAUCGUCAUCCGGGAGCUGCUGCCCAGCGGGUUGAGAGAGUCGAUAAGCAAGGUGCGCUCCAGUGUGGCCUAUGCCGUGUCAGCCAUCGCGCACUGGGACUGGCCUGAAGCCUGGCCCCAGCUCUUCAACCUGCUCAUGGAGAUGCUGGUGAGCGGAGACUUAAACGCAGUCCAUGGAGCCAUGCGAGUGCUGACAGAAUUCACUCGCGAGGUAACAGACACCCAGAUGCCCCUCGUGGCUCCUGUCAUUCUCCCAGAGAUGUACAAGAUCUUCACCAUGGCCGAGGUGUACGGGAUUCGAACCCGGUCCCGAGCCGUGGAGAUCUUCACCACUUGUGCCCAUAUGAUCUGCAACAUGGAGGAGCUGGAGAAGGGUGCCGCCAAGGUGCUGAUCCUCCCCGUGGUGCAGCAGUUCACGGAGGCCUUUGUCCAGGCCCUCCAGAUCCCCGACGGCCCCACGUCCGACAGCGGGUUUAAGAUGGAAGUCCUGAAGGCAGUGACAGCCCUGGUGAAAAACUUCCCAAAGCACAUGGUGGCCUCCAUGCAGCAAAUUCUGCCUAUUGUGUGGAACACCCUAACGGAAAGCGCGGCUUUUUAUGUGAGGACGGAGGUCAAUUACACAGAGGAAGUAGAAGACCCUGUGGAUUCGGACGGUGAAGUCCUGGGCUUCGAAAAUCUCGUUUUCAGCAUUUUUGAAUUUGUGCACGCUCUCCUAGAAAACAGCAAAUUCAAAAGCACUGUUAGGAAAGCCCUGCCCGAGCUGAUUUACUAUGUCAUCCUGUACAUGCAGAUCACCGAGGAGCAGAUUAAAGUGUGGACGGCCAACCCCCAGCAGUUCGUCGAGGACGAAGAUGACGACACCUUCUCCUACACGGUUAGGAUCGCAGCUCAGGACCUGUUGCUGGCUGUGGCCACUGAUUUCCAGAAUGAGAGUGCGGCAGCCCUGGCUGCUGCAGCCACACGGCAUCUGCAAGAAGCUGAGCAGAGCAAAAACAGCGGCACAGAGCACUGGUGGAAGAUCCACGAGGCGUGCAUGCUCGCGCUCGGCUCAGUGAAGUCCAUCAUCACUGACAGUGUGAAAAACAGCAGGGUCAACUUCCACAUACACGGGUUCCUGACCAACGUCGUCCUGGCAGACCUCAACCUCUCAGUGUCUCCUUUCCUCUUGGGCCGGGCCCUUUGGGCUGCCAGUCGGUUCACUGUUGCUAUGUCCCCUGAAUUGAUCCAGCAGUUUCUUCAGGCAACAGUUAGUGGUCUUCAUGAGACACAACCCCCGUCAGUUCGAAUUUCUGCUGUGAGAGCCAUCUGGGGGUACUGUGACCAGCUGAAGGUCUCGGAGAGCACCCACGUGCUACAGCCCUUCCUCCCCAGCAUCCUGGAGGGCCUGAUUCACCUGGCAGCCCAGUUCAGCUCCGAGGUGCUCAACCUCGUGAUGGAGACCCUGUGCAUCGUGUGCACGGUGGACCCGGAGUUCACAGCGAGCAUGGAAAGCAAGAUCUGCCCCUUCACCAUCGCCAUCUUCCUGAAGUACAGUAACGAUCCUGUGGUCGCCUCGCUGGCUCAAGACAUCUUCAAGGAGCUGUCCCAGAUCGAAGCCUGUCAGGGCCUGAUGCAGAUGAGGCUGAUUCCCACCCUGGUCAGCAUCAUGCAGGCCCCCGCCGACAAGAUCCCCACGGGGCUCUGUGCCACGGCCAUUGAUAUCCUGACCACGGUUGUGCGGAACACAAAGCCACCCCUCUCCCAGCUGCUCAUUUGCCAGGCUUUCCCCGCCGUGGCCCAGUGCACCCUCCACACAGACGACAAUGCCACCAUGCAGAACGGUGGAGAGUGCUUGCGGGCCUACGUGUCAGUGACACUGGAGCAGGUGGCCCAGUGGCACGACGAGCAGGGCCACAAUGGGCUGUGGUACGUGAUGCAGGUGGUGAGCCAGCUCCUGGACCCCCGCACCUCGGAGUUCACUGCGGCCUUCGUGGGCCGCCUGGUGUCCACCCUCAUCUCCAAGGCGGGGCGGGAGCUGGGGGAGAACCUGGACCAGAUCCUCCGGGCCAUCCUCAGCAAGAUGCAGCAGGCAGAGACGCUCAGCGUCAUGCAGUCCCUGAUCAUGGUGUUUGCCCACCUGGUGCACACCCAGCUGGAACCCCUCCUAGAAUUCCUGUGCAGCCUCCCGGGGCCGACUGGCAAGCCUGCCCUGGAGUUCGUGAUGGCCGAGUGGACCAGCCGGCAGCACCUCUUCUACGGGCAGUACGAGGGCAAAGUCAGCUCCGUGGCACUGUGCAAGCUGCUGCAGCACGGCAUCAACGCGAACGACAAGCGGCUUCAGGACAUCCGCGUGAAGGGGGAGGAGAUCUACGGCCUGGAUGAGGGCGUCCGUACCCGCUCCAAGGCAGCCAAGAACCCUGAGCGCUGGACAAACAUUCCUUUGCUGGUCAAGAUCCUGAAGCUGAUUAUCAACGAGCUGUCCAACCUCCUGGAGGCCAGUGCUGCCCGCCAGGCCGCCCCUGCAGAGUGGAGCCAAGAUGACGCCAACGACAUGUGGGAGGACCAGGAGGAGGACGACGAGGAGGAGGACGGCCUAGCUGGCCACCUCUUAUCUGACAUCCUUGCCACAGAGGAGGACUACUAUGAGGAUGAUGAGGACGAUGACCCUGACGCCCUGAAGGACCCCCUCUAUCAGAUUGAUCUGGAGGCAUAUCUCACAGACUUCCUCUGCCAGUUCGCUCAGCAGCCCUGCUACGUCAUGUUCUCGGGCCACCUUAACGACAACGAGAGGCGGGUUCUACAGACCAUUGGCAUCUAGAAGUCCCUCCUGGCCCGGCCACAAUCCGUUUUGCAGCCCUCACUGGCCUUGAGGUGCACUUUCAUCUCAGCCUGGAGCGGCCUCCUGACUCAGCCUGCGGUCCCUGCAGAGUGACACGGACAGUCCAGACCACACUCACCUGUGCUGUCGCUAGGAACGCCGCAACAAGGGACCUUCCCCCAAGUACCCUGAGGACACCUGUCUCUAGAACCUCUUCCUCCCCAGCUGUGCCCCCAUCCCUGUCCCCAGAGUCCUCUGCUGGCCCGUCCAGAAACGCAGGGCCCGGAAGGACGGUGUGCUGUGGAUGAUCUUCCCGCCUCAGGGGCCCAGAAGUCAGACCGUUUGUAUUCCAGACAGACCUGUGUGCUUUCAGAGGACAUCGGAUGUGAUCAGACGGGAGUGCCCUUGAGAGAGGAUGGUGCCCUCUGCCCUCCCAGAGGCAAGACCGGGUCUCGGGGGAGCAAGAAGAGGCAGCCCCGGGGACCGCCUGCUCCCUCGACGACACUAAGACUCCCGGCGAAGGACGUCACCUCGGUUCUGCCUCAUCGCAUGACACAGCCCCUCCCCUGAAGCUCCUCCUCUGUCCACCUGCACGCACACGAGAGAGCCAGACAGAUGGCAGCCUGUUUUCCCUUUUUAGGAAAAAAAAAAAAUGGAGGAAAAACAGAUUUUUUUUAAAAAGUCCACCUGACCCAACUAUAUUUAAUAUGCCCGUCCCCACACGUCACCACGCAGCCUGACAUUCAGGGGUCCCUUCCCUCGGGAAUGCUCUAAAGUGGUUCAGUUGUAGCCCUCAAAUUUGCAAUGUGUAUUUUUCUAGGAGAGUAAAGCAAUCUUUACAAAUGAA